AUGCCACCGGCAUGGCGUCAAUGGCUGCAGGACUCCAACAUCUCCCCUCGAGAGCGCAAGCAAAAUCCGGAGCUCGUCAUUGAGGUCCUUCAGUGCUACGACGCGGCUACUCAAAAUGCCAACCAACAAAAGUUCAUGACCCAAAAAGGAGUUUGGGGGCACUCCGCCGGCUGUGGGCGCUGUGACAACGCGUGUUUAGGCUACUGCAACAGUGAGCCUGACGGCUGCUGCAACGGCAGACCUUACUGUGGAGUUGACCAAUCAAAUCCCUCUGAUCGAAGUCCUCCACCAAUCCCACCGCACCAAGCCUCCCACGGGAUCGCCUCUCCUGAUGAGGGAAACAAACAUCGGCAAUCUGCUUCCACGCACUCAUAUACCACAUCCGGUAGUAUCAUUGAUGAUGGCCUUCGAAACAUAUCCCUCUACGCGGACGACGAAACAGAAGACUCUCAGAGUUGCCACUGUCCCAGUGCACACAAAUCCGAGAUCCAACCCUACGAGAAUGUGCCUGCCAUACUAACCGGUCUUCAUGGCACCAGCAAACGUAUCUCAGCCUCCUUCACAGGACUUGGAGGACUGCUGACGGAUCCUUUCACGGGCGAGAAGGUGAAUGUUGCGUUGGCGGAUUCUGAACCAACGGAUGAUGAGAGCCUACGGACGACAGAGGAAGGUCACUCGCAGGUCUUGCCAGACAUGGAGGCGGGCGAGAUGGAGAUGGAGGCGGAGGAGGCGGCGGUGGCAGAAGAGCUCUCUUCCUCCGCUAGCUGCUCUAGCGCCUUCGUCAAGUUACAGAUCGUCAAUGGCGUGGCGGAGGAGGAUGAUGGUGAGACUAUCGAUGAAGACCAACCUGACGAGGACGCAGCUAUGAUUGUCGUGACUCAUAUGGAGACAGAAAACGAAGCUGAAGUGGAAAGUGAAGGGGACUCCUCACCGACCGUACCACAGCAACAAAGGCCGCGUUCCUCCAGUCGUACUCACCGCCAACAUCCUUCCGAUCUCUCUGGUACCGCUUCCGGAGCCCUCACAGCUCAGCAGCGUGGUCGGACGACCGAAAGGGUGAUUUCGCGACCCAACAUUGUACCUCAAAGCGGUGGUGGUGGUGGUACAUGUCGUACACGCUCUCGUCUACGGCUGACGGAAAGGCAAAUCCUCGAGAAACUAAGCUCCAUUGUCAGCAAUGGGCGUCCUUGCGAGAAGUACGCCACCCUAGAGAGGAUCGGUCAUGGGGCGUCAGGCGUUGUUUACGUUGGUGAGGACAUUGUCACCAAACAGAAAGUCGCCAUCAAGCAGAUGAAUCUUAGGCAACAGCCUAAAAAAGACCUUAUUCUUAACGAGAUCCUGGUGAUGCGGGCCCAUCGCAACGCCAACAUUGUGAACUUCCUGGACAGCUUUCUAAUUGGCAGUGAGCUGUGGGUAGUGAUGGAGUAUCUUGACGGAGGUUCGUUAACUGACAUCGUUACAACAGCCUGCAUGGAAGAAAAGCACAUUGCCACUGUCUGUCGGGAGACCCUACAGGCGCUUAACUUUCUGCACUCAAAUCACGUGAUCCACCGGGAUAUCAAGUCGGACAACAUUCUUCUGGGUCUGGACGGCUCAGUGAAGCUGACGGACUUUGGAUUCUGCGCUCAACUCAGUCCUGACGAAGCUAAACGAUCGACCAUGGUGGGUACACCCUAUUGGAUGGCGCCUGAGGUCGUUGUUCGCAAGCAGUACGGUCCCAAAGUCGACAUCUGGUCCCUCGGUAUCAUGACCCUAGAGAUGCUAGAUGGUGAACCGCCCUACCUCAGUGAAAAUCCCCUCAAGGCGCUCUACCUGAUAGCAAUUAACGGCAAACCGGAAAUAAAGAGCAAAGACCGACUGAGUGAUGACCUGGUCGGCUUUUUGGACUGCUGCCUAGAGGUCGAUGUCUCAAAACGCGGCACUGCAGAAAGGCUCCUGAAGGCAUGUUUCAGUGAUGUUAUUGUUAGGAUAGAUAAUUUGCCUUGGAGUUGA